AUCGUGUUUAAAAAAACUUCAGAAAUAUAUACUUUUUGAACAACCUAGUAAUUAAAUUAACUUUUGAUGCGGCAAAAUAACAAAGUGGAAAAUAGCUUGUUUUAGUGAAAGAUUUUGAUACAUUUCAUCGAGAAGUACUCCGAUUGGUGAAAGCCGCCGCCUGCUCCGAGAUUUGUGCAGUCGAAACCAUCUCAGUGAGCCGAUUUCUACUUGGUUAGCUUGUCGAGAUGUUGGGCAAGGUCGUUACUAUGGUUUCGGCGGCGGUUCUUGCCAAGUUUAUACUUAACUACAUGGACUGGUUAGACGUUGGUGACACUUUCAUGUUUCGCGUCCAGCCUGGCGACUGCAGAACAGUUAUACAUGACGGUGGCGCGGAAGACGUAACUGACCUUGGAGAGGGAUUGGUCAUUAUGUCCACGGGCUUAGGUCUUGGCAAGGGUCAAGGCAAGAUGAAGCUACUGGACGUGAAUACGGAGAGAGUCACUGAACUAGAGAUAAUGGACGCCCCCGGAAGGGACGAUUUCAUGACUUUGCCACAUGGAAUCUAUGCAUGGAAGGAUCAAGAGAGUGGUAGCUGGCUGAUUUAUGUACUAACUCACCCUGCUGAUAAAGAUAUGAUAGAAGUUUUUGAGUUCAUUCGUACCAAAAGAGCCCGCGGAACUAUGUACUCACUCAAGUAUCUCCGUACGAUUACCGACCCAAACUUCAAAAAUAUGAAUGAUCUGGUCGUGGUGGGGCGUGAUCAGUUCUAUAUCACAAAGUUCUGGACUUACCGACCAGUGCAGUAUUACCAACUGGUAGUCGAAGUGAUGACGAUGCGUCACUGGGGUGGCGUUAUGUUCUACGACGGACGUCGGGCGCGCUCUGUCGUUGAAGGUUUAUUCCAGCCAAAUGGUAUAAACAUGUCGCCUGAUGGGAAGAUGGUUUAUGUGGCUGAGUUUGGGAACAAAAGGCUGCUGGGCUAUCACCGGUCUAUAAACAACAACCUGAGCCCCGCCUGGGAGGAGUAUGCGGACACGCUGGUGGACAAUAUCGAGGUGGAUGCAGACACGGGCACCCUUUGGAUCGGCUGUCACCCGGUCAACUAUAGAAUCAUUGAUGACAUGUUUGGCCUAUUUGGAUACGCUUUGCCUUCACAGGUGAUCCGAGCGGAAAUGACGUCAGACGGUCGAGUAGCGGAGAUACAGGAAGUGUUCGCUGACGACGGAAGUCGUCUGUAUGGCUCCACGGCCGCCACAAACGCGAGUGGCAAACUCGUCAUCGGCACCGUCAGCAGACAGGCCAUGAUCUGCGAUAUGCAAUAACAGUCGGAACACUGGCGAUUCCCACGGAUUAACCUACAAAAAUAUAAAUUCAUCAUUGAAUCACGAGUAUACAUAGCUACUAUUUAAGUAUCUUGUUUGGCUUGUAUAUGUGUAUUUAUCUGCGAAUAAAGAAUGACAUAGCAGGUUCAACAAAGUCUCUUGAAAACUUCUUAAAGCCAUA